GCAGGUACAGCGAUGGGUCGUUUCUCGUGAUCUCAGAUUCCAUAUGAAAUAGGGUUAGUUUUAUCUCUAUCAAAUAAUUUUGUUUAUUGCUUUAUUAACUUUUUCCAAAAAUAAUUAAACGAUUGCUAAUUAAAGCAUUAUGGAUACAGAUGAGAAAUCAAUUUUUAAAAGACUCUUAAUUAAAUUGGUGUCGAAACACGAGGUAUUACAUGAUAGAGAAUCGGAUGGCUUUAUAAACAGGAAUAAAAAGAAAAGAAUCUGGGAAGAUAUUGCUUCAGAAAUUUGUAUUUACAACAAUGAAGAAGUGUCGGUUUCAGAUAUAAUGUCCAAAUGGGCAACAUUAAAAAAGAGAUUUGCAGAAGAGCAAAAAAAAAUACGGGAAUAUAUCCCGUCAGGAUCAGCAGCACCGGAAAAACUUCCUGAAUGGGAAUAUUUUCAAGAUAUGAAAUUUCUUGAAAAGUUUUCUAAACAUAUUCCUACAGUUUCAAAUGUUAAAAAAGAUAAACAAUUGGAAGUAAUUGAUGAAAGUUGCAGUUCUGGUUCUGAUUCCGAAUAUUUUUCUGGAGAAAAUAGCAUUACUGAAAAUAAUGAUGAUGACUUACUUACUUCUGAAAGUGAAGAAGGAGAUUUAACACAGCCAGAAAGUUCUACAGUCCUACAACAUAAUUCGUCUAUAACAAAUAGUUACAUGUUGAUUAUGCGUGCACAAUGGAAAAAAAUACCGGAAGCAAAUAAAAUAAUAGGUUACACAAAUAUAAAAAAAAUGAUUCAAGAUAAGAAAGAUGCUCGUUGAAUGCAUUUUGUAAUAUUAUAAAAGUUCCUUCAUUUUAU